GGAAGAGUGGGAGAAAGGGGGAGGGAGAGGAAGGAAGAAUCCACUUUAACUUGAGUCUGGCCCCCGUCACAUGUUCUGUGGGGACGGUCAGCCCUCACUGUCACCAGACCCAGCGGUUUCCCUCUGAGCUGAGAGGGACCGUCCCUCCCUCCAGCCCUUGGGGUUCCCGUAGGAUCAGCCUGGUCACUGGAGUUGGCACCGCACGCGGAGGCGGGGCGGCCAGAGUACAGGACUAUAAAGACGGCGGCUGAAGGCUCAGCUCACAGCCACACAGAAGACACAACCCACAACCGACAUGGCCCUGCCCGUGCCCGAGGCCCAGCAUCCAGGCGGCUCGCAGCUGAGGUUCCUACUGUUCCUGCUACUGCUUCUGCUGCUGCUGUCAUGGCCAUCGCCCGGGGACGCCCUGGCACUGCCCGAACAGAGACGUUCCCACCCGGAGUCCCGACUCGACGCUCACGAGCUACGAGGUCGCUUCCAGGACCUGCUGAGCCGGUUGCAUGCCAACCAGAGCCGCGAGGACUCGAACUCAGAACCCACCCCCGGCCCGACUGUCCGGACACUCACUCCAGAAGUACGACUGGGGCCGCGCGGCCACCUGCUGCUCCGCGUCCGCCGGGCGUCGCUGACCCAGGGUCUCCACGAAGCUUACCGCGUGCACCGAGCGCUGCUCAAGCUGCCGCCGUCGUCGCGGGCGUGGGACAUCACCGCACCCCUGCAGCGCGCGCUCAGCCUCGGGGGACCC